GCUUGUCGUUAACAUCAGGGUGCAGGCUUUGUAUCUGUAUCAGUUGCCUUAAUUGUGAUCAUUAAUGAAAUACUUACCACUAAUUGUGAGUGCAGGUGAAUACAUUUGUUGAAGAACAAGUUUUUAAACUGUUUUUAAUUUACUCUUGGAAUAUUGCAGACAUAUCAGAGCACGUUUCUUUACCAUGGCAUAAUGUGACGACCUAGUAAAUAGAGGAAGAUCUCAACUCACUUCAAUCACAUUCCAGUUGAAGCAGACUAUUAAGAGGGCAAAGGCUGGGUAGACCCCAACUUUAGUAUCUAAGAUUCUUCACCUCUCAUCAUGAUGAACGGCCAAGCCAGAAACCGCAGGAAAAAUCAAGAUCUAUGUGGGAAAAAUUUCCUCAAAUUUGUCAUCUAUGUCUUUACAUUCAUCUUCUGGCUGACUGGCUGUGCCUUUUUAGCCAUUGGUCUGUGGAUACUCUUAGCUAAACAUUCCUAUGCCAGCUUACUGGGAAAUUCUACUUUCCCUAUCGCUACAUUCCUUAUGAUUGGCAUUGGGGGCUUCAUCAUCGUGUCUGGAAUUAUGGGAUGUGCUGGAGCCCGCGUAGAGAACAGGUGUCUGCUUGUCUUGUAUUCAGUUUUUCUGCUGCUCAUUUUUUUGGUGGAAGCCAUAAGUGGAGUCCUUGCAUACAUGUAUGAGGGAAUUAUCAGAGAGGAACUGUCAAGAAGUUUAAACGAUACAAUGAUGAAAAAUUACAACUACGACAUUCAGCUUACACGAGCUAUAGAUGAUAUGCAGCAAAAGUUCCUAUGCUGUGGAGCAGUUUCCUUUAAGGAUUGGCAGAAAUCAAAAUGGCUACAAGAAGACCAGAACACAACCAAUAAAGCCCCAGACUCCUGUUGUAUGUCAUACUCCAUGGGCUGCGCGGAAAGUGAUCACCCAUCUAACAUCUACUACAAGGGCUGCAGCCGUAAGCUUGCCCAGUACACAAAGGAGUCUCUGAUGAUUAUAGGAGGAGUGGGGCUAGGACUGUGUUGUGUACAGAUAUUUGGAGUUAUAUUCUCCUGUUGUCUAGUCAGGAAGAUAAAGGACAAGGUUUACAAGUAUUGACAAGAAAACAAAUCAGUAAUGAGGACCAGGAAGUGAAGGAAUCACUCAAUGACGACAUCAACAUUGUUUGCCUCCCUUUAUUGCAAUAAAAAAUGUUCGUGUUCUUAGCGAUGUCUGCAAAUCCGUUCAGUAUAGGUGCUGCAUAUUUGUUUUUUGUUUCUCUUUUUUGCCAUAAGAAUGUGUGUCAUGUCACAAUGUGUCUCUGGAAUAUUUGUCAUGUAUCUUAUUAUAUUCAGUUGAACGGACUAUGAGAUUUAAUCUAGACGUUAUAAGAAAAUGUUUUGUCACAGAACAUUUGAAUCUGUCAUUUCAUAACUUUUAGAAUUUUGUGUAUUUGUUUCUGUGAUAGAAAUAUAAUUGAUAACUUGAAUAUGUUUUAUUUGAUAUCAGAGAGAUAUAUGCUGUAAAUAUGUUUUAAUUUUUCCAAUAUUGUUUUGUUUAUACAUUUUUACAUGUCUCACUUUUUCAAAUUUGCAAACUUUUGUAUACAUUUUAAAUUUAUCAUCUUGGCAUUUAUAAUUGUAUUUUGUUUAUUACAUGAUACCCAGACUGAAUGCAAUAAUAUUCUUCACUUAAUUGAAAACUUAAAAAAUUUAAUAAUGUUCUCAACUUAAUUGAAAACUUAAAAAUUUGAAAUCCUUUUUGUUUAAAGGGUAGGAAAGAUUUUGACUUUGAAUGUUUGAUCAGUUAGACAUUGUAGUGUAUGUACAGUUAAACAUGACUUCAUAUGUGGCAGGUUGCUGUAAUGGCUGUCACAUUAUCAAUGUAUACUAGUAUAUACACCCCUGACAUUAUCCAAUGGGGACAGAGUUCUCUAAAUUUUAUCCCAGUGAUGAAAAAUCUGGACCAAUAAAAAUAAGUUUUAUUUUGACAAUUUAUUUUCAUUGAAAACUGUAUUUGUCAUUUGCUAACUGUAUGUGUCAUUUGCUCUAAAGUGUAAUUGUUCUUGAAAAUUGUGUAUUUGCUAUGGUGUCCUAGUCAUUUAUUAAUCUUGAAAGGAUUUUUUUUAUCAAAGAUAUACUUACAGACAUAUCAGGAGAUCAGUAUUAUUAAGUGUAUCUUUAGUUCUCCCGAAUUUGAUUUCAAGUAACAUUUAUGGUCAUUACUGUCAAAUUUGUAGUGUGUGAUUGUCUGAGACAAUACAAUUUUUUCUUAUUUUUCAACCUUUUUUAAAGUGAGCAUUUUCAAACAAAAUGGCACAAGGAUGCUAAAUUUUUUAGUUUUUUUCACAGUUUGUGAAAAACCAAGUUCUGGUAUUAGUGCACUAUUUAAAAAUAUUGAAAAUUCACCAACUGGUAUAAGGGUUGUGACCAAUCUUUUUUGUUUUAACAAUAUUUAGUAAAGAUCUUCAGAACUUCUGCUUGAAAGGUAAAAGGAAAAAAAGUUUGUGAUUACGUUUUUGUACUAUAUUUAGAAUAAUUGAAAACUUGCAUAUUUUUUCUGUUCCUUUGUAAAAUGUAUACAUUUAUUCAUGAUGAAGUUAGGUAGAGUAGGGUAGCUGAUAGGGGUGAGCAAUGCUACCUGCAGACCUGUUACCAUAUGUUUCUACUAUGACUUUAUAUGCAGAAACAUUUAUAAAAAUCCUAUCAAGGUCUGUAUGAUACAGUGAUGAAUGCAAUUUUGACAUAUCAUGAAUUAGACUUGGUUUAUAUCAAGAUGACAACAAUGUUUUGUAAUAAUAUUAACUUUUGGAAUUUUUUUAUAUUUAAUGAAUCCUAAACGUUACAGGUCAGUACUUGUUUUUAUAUAAACUUCUUUGUGUAGAUUUAUUACUAAUGUGUGCACAUUUUCGGUAGAAGCCAGUUCUCGCCAGUUUUAUGUUUUAUCUGAUGUUACUAUACUUGUGUAUUAUAGUCUAUAGAAAAUGUUAGAACUUUACAUAAAAUACAUGUACAACAAUGUUGUAAGAAAUUCAGAUGUACAGAAAGUGUUGUCUUAAAAAUAGAUUUUAGCUUAUAAAAAAUAAAAUUAACAGAGAAUUA